UGGACUGUAAGAAAAUAGAAUCAAAGGGAGAAGAGUCUUCGAGAGAUGAUUACAUGAAAAAUGGGAAUGAAUUGGUGGAGCAGACCAAAAUCCGUCUCAUGAGAGCUUUUGUUGAAGCUCAGGAUUCUUCCUCCAAGGUAAUGGAUGAUCUGAUGUUAAGAAGGUUCCUACGUGCUCGUGAUUUAGAUGUAGAGCGGGCAUCAGCCAUGUUCCUGAAGUACUUGAAAUGGAAACAAUCUUUUGCUCCUGAUGGGUCAAUUUCUGCUUCAGAAGUACCAAUUCAAAUUGCACAGAACAAGCUGUUUCUACAGGGAUCAGACAAGAGAGGAUGUCCUAUAGCAGUUCUACUCGGUGCAAGACACUCUCAAGUCAAGGGGGGCCUCGAGGAGUUCAAACGUUAUGUAGUCUACGCUUUCGACAAGAUAUGUGCAAGGAUGCCACCAGGACAGGAGAAGUUUAUUUUCAUUGGUGAUCUGGAAGGCUGGGGAUAUUCAAACAGUGAUAUCCGAGGAUACCUAGGAGCUCUAUCCAUUUUGCAGGACUACUAUCCAGAAAGACUAUGGAAGAUUUUCAUUGUCCAUGUGCCUUUCGUGUUUAUGACAGUAUGGAAAAUCUUUUGCCCUUUUAUUGACAACAAAACUAAGCAGAAGAUUGUAUUUGUUGAGAACAAAAUGCUGAAAUCAACUCUACUUGAAGAGAUUGAUGAAAGCCAACUCCCUGAAAUUUAUGGAGGCAAACUACCAUUGGUUCCUAUCUAGGAUGUGCAAACUGAUUACCAUGCCAAGUAAAAAAGUAAACA